UGCAUUAUGGGAUUUUCCUAUCCAUUAUAAGCUUGGAACAACCUUCUUAUUAUGAUGAUGACUAAAAAUGUAGACAGCUCACUUGGGUUUAAAGCAAAGCCUCACUGUUUUUAGUCUUCUUAAUAGUAACUUUAUCUAAAAAAAGACAUUUGUUUUGUCAUAGGGAGAGACAGGUCUAAGAGGGUCUCCUGGACCACCUGGAAAGCCUGGACCACCAGGUCCCCCUGGUCCAGUAGGAGAAAAAGGCCUGCCAGGACCCCAGGGCCGUCAGGGAGAUCCCGGGCAUCAGGGAACAGAUGGGCCAUGUGGUCCUCCAGGACUUCAGGGAGUCAGUGGGGUCAUUGGAAAAUCAGGACCCAGUGGAAGUAAAGGGCUCUCAGGGGAACCUGGGCCAAACGGGCCCCAGGGUAUUCCAGGUUUACAGGGGGAAAAUGGAGUGCCAGGUGUAGACGGGAUGAAAGGAGAAAAGGGAAUGAUGGGCCCUCCUGGUGACAACGGGCCUCUCGGACUGGAAGGGCCACAGGGUCCAACUGGUCCGACGGGUUUGGAGGGGCCUCCUGGAAGAAAAGGUGAUAAGGGGGACAGAGGUCCCUUCGGAAAGCUUGGUCUUCAAGGACCAAAAGGAAACAUUGGCCCUCCAGGAGCUAAAGGUCCAAUGGGUCCACCAGGCCCAGCAGGCAAUGAGGGUGAUGCUGGUCCAGUUGGCGUUGCUGGAGACCCUGGCCCUAAAGGAGAAAAGGGUGAUAUUGGGCCGCGAGGAUUUACUGGUUUAGAUGGGCCGUGGGGAGACGUGGGGGAGCAGGGAGAGAAGGGACUCAAGGGAGCCAAGGGCCAAAUUGGACUGGUGGGUGAGUCAGGCCUCAUGGGCGGGAAUGGACCUGCUGGUCUGAAAGGUGUAGAGGGUGGACCAGGCCAUCCAGGGCUGGUGGGGCUAGAUGGACCUCCAGGAAGCAAGGGAGAAGUUGGGCUGAAUGGUUUACUUGGUGAGCCAGGAGAUGCUGGACCUGAGGGAAUUGCAGGUCGCAAAGGCGUACGAGGUGACUCAGGAAAAGCCGGCACACAGGGUGGUGUUGGAUCAUUUGGUCCCCAAGGUCAUUUGGGCCCUAAAGGUCUCCCAGGGCCUGAAGCGGAGAAAGGAGACCCAGGAGAUAAAGGAGAACUAGGGGUGGAGGGCCCAGACGGCCUUCAAGGCAUACAAGGGCCACCAGGACUGCUUGGUUUGGAGGGUCCACAAGGUGAGGAAGGGGCAAGGGGCUCGCCAGGCCUACCAGGAACUCAGGGCCGUUUGGGUAACCCAGGAACUGAAGGAAAAGAAGGCAUGAAAGGAGAGAAGGGAACUCAGGGCAAAGAUGGAGCACCUGCAAAAAUGGGUCACAUUGGACGGAGGGGUAAAAGAGGAAAGGCAGGGUUGAGGGGGACCAGAGGACCAAGAGGAGAAAAGGGAGAGAGAGGAGAUGUAGGAGAGAAAGGACUUCCUGGAUGGGGGGGAAGUAUGGGAAUCCAAGGGGUGAAAGGAGAGCCUGGGGAGCAAGGUGUCAAAGGAGCAGAGGGUGAGAAAGGGGAUCAGGGACCUCUUGGUCCACCAGGGAGAGGUGGCUUGAAGGGGAGUCUGGGGCCUCUUGGUCCUCCAGGACCCCCAGGAUCAAAGGGGGAUCAGGGCAAUAUUGGUCCAGCUGGGCCUAGAGGGACACCUGGAAUACCUGGACUACCAGGCUUGUUUGGAGACAAGGGACUCAAGGGAUAUCAGGGGCCUCCUGGCCCCGUUGGAAGAAGGGGCUUUCCAGGGCCACCGGGGCCACCAGGACCUGCUGGUAAAACUGUGAACCUGACCAUGACUCAGAUCAAGGACCUGAUGUACAGUUUAGACAAGCCCAAUUACCCUCUGAUUCAGACACUGCUGGACUCUCUGUACCAUGACCUCCGGCUGCUGGUGGACCCUCCGGACGGCAGCAAGCAGCGCCCAGCCUCUACCUGUCUGGAGCUGUGGCUGUGCCAUCCCAACUACACCAGUGGUUUCUACUACAUUGACCCAAACCAAGGCAGUCCUUUAGAUGCUUUUUUGGCCUACUGUAACUUCUCAGAUUCAGGAGCAGAGACCUGCCUUCACCCCAGAGAUGCACAUCUGCCCAUAAGGAAUUGGCUGAAUGACUUAAGGAAUAACAGCAAGUUCUACUGGUUAGGUUCACUGGAGGGAGGUUUUAAACUUGAGUAUCCAGCCCUCAGUGUGGUUCAGCUGCGGUUCCUACGACUCCAGAGCAACAGAGCAGAGCAGAGAGUGACGUACUCCUGUUACCCUGGACACCGACUGGGCCAGACACAGCGACAGGUCCAGUUCCUCACAGAUGCCGUGAAGCAGAGCUAUUUAGGAGCAUUACAGGAUUGCGUGUCUGCAAAUGAAGUGGAUCCCGGACCGCGCGAGUCUGUGUUUCAGUUUGAGGACAUGGACCUGCUUCCUCUACAUGACAUAGGAAUCUUUGGCAACAGCAGUCACGAGUUUGGCUUCACCAUCGGCCCUGUGUGCUUCAGCUAGAGACAUACUGAAUGAUAACGGUACAUUCUGUGUGUUUAAAUACAAGCAACAAAGAGAAGAAAACAGAACACUCUGAAGAAGCAUGUGGCAUCUAUGGCUUGUGGUAAAGGAAAUACUCUACAAAGUCCUUCAGACAGUGACUCCACACAACGGUCCUGUCUUUCCCGGUGCUGCCAGAAAAAUGGACAAUAUCCUUUUUUUGUUUACAGGGACUUAUGGCUUUGUAAUUGAUGUACUAUUUUAUAACUAAUUUUAUUUGAGUUAGCAAUGUUUUUUAAUCACUAGCUGGUCUUGUAAUAACGUUGUAGAAGCCGCUUGGAUCGCAUCAAGUGUAAUGACAGGGUUCUGAUGUGACCACUAUGUGGUUGCAUGGUCCAAGUUUCAGCUGUAUACUACUUUAAUCAUGUGCAUAAUGUUAAGACUUUGCAUUAUAAGGCAAUAUAAGGGCAUACUUGGAGUUUAUAAAUGACACUUUUUUCCCCCUCUCAUCUAAGUGUCAAACUUGAAUUUUAGAACUGAUACAAACAAAGCGUCCCAGUGAGGACACAGCUAACCUUCCCAUGAGGUUUAAAUAUCAGGAAGUCUGUGCGACCGUUCUGAUUUCUCUGUUCAUGUCAUUGUUUAAUUUCAGAAAGUGUCAUAUUGCCUAAAUAUUGUUCAAAUAUGUGGUUAGAUGAUUUAUGGGUGCUAAGAUUUACGAUACAGCAGUAAUAGUUGUUUCAAAAAGAGAAGAAUAAUACUAACUGCAGCAAAUAACUGUGCAAGCAGUGAUCUAAUGUGCAUUAUGGGUACGAGACUGAAAUUCAAUGCACAUGCAAAAAGUCAUAGAGACAGUCUUCUUUAGUUCACAUUUACUGUAUCUAGGUCUCAGGGAGCACUUAUGACAUAAAUGGAAGAAAAUACACAAAUUAUACUGGAUAAUGUUGAGAAUAAUCAGACAAAGCCAAAUUUAAUCAUUCAGCAUUGCUUUAAAGCAGUUAUCACUAAUAACAUUUUAAACCACAUUGAAUUUAGGCACAGGUGCUUUAUUUUGUUCAAUUAGCCUAUAUUUUGUAAUGUAUAUUGUGUUUUCUAUGUAUUUUUGGUGUUAU